AUGGAGCAGAACGAGCGACCGCAUAUGAUUGUGGGUGUGGAUUUGGGUAUGACAUGCACUGGAGUCGCAUACGUGAAUCUAUCCAUCGGCAGUGAGACAGUUCGCUGGGUUCGAAAAUGGCCUGGCCGGUUCCAGGCGAACGAGAACAAGGUUCCCACAGUCAUCGUCUACCCAUCUGGCUCCACCGAGCCGUCCUCGUGGGGCUUCCUCUCAGAGACGGCAGCAGAAACUACAGCCGAGGAUAAAGAGUACAAAGAAUGGUUCAAGACAUGCCUCGACCCGGAGAAGCUGUACCGGAAGCAGAUCGAAGACCCUGAAGGCGCCCCCGAAAAUCUGCAGCAGGUUGAAAUGUGGUACGAGGACUAUAUGCGCAAGAUGUACGAGUACCUGUCCUUCAAACUGGGUGGAGAGCUUGCUGGUGUCGGUUGGGAGGAAGCCCGCAUUGAGUUCGUUUUCAGUGUACCGACGACAUGGGCUCCAGUGCCAACAGUUGAAAACUUCAAGAGCAUUGUCAAAAAGGCGGGUUACGGUGUGCACGCCGGUCAUGUGGUGACAGUAGGCUUGACAGAGGCCGAGGCUGCUGCAGUCCAUGUGUCUACUGAGGCGCCGGGUAUCUUCCGCGAGAAUGACGUUUUGCUCGUCUGUGAUGCUGGAGGCGGCACCACAGACCUGAGCGUAUUGAAAGUCACGGGCACCCGCAACCAAGCUAUCGACCUUCAGCAGAUGGAUGUCGUAUUCGGAGAGACGAUUGGAUCUGCUGCAAUCGACUAUGAGUUUGAGAAACUCGUCAUGCGUCGUCUUGUACUGGCCCACAGCACAAAUCCGUUACCCGUCGACUGUGCAGACGCGGCAUGGGAGAUGAUGAAGAGUCGCGAUUUCCAGGCGGUGAAAUGCGAGUACGGCGCGCCAGAUGAUACUCCCUUUUUCAGCAUCAGUAUACCUCGCGUUCCUCAAACGUAUAAUAACUCGGAUCCAGAAGUACGAAUCCGGAACAGCGAAAUGACAUUUGAACGGCAGGACCUUCAAAGCCUCUUCAACAGGCAGAUAUCAAAGCUCCUCAAGCUGAUUGACAGACAGCUGCAGUCGCUGUUCCAAAAAUUUCCACGAGAGCAAGUAGCCCAUCUUGUUCUUAGCGGCGGCUUGGGCAACAGUGCCUAUGUGCAGUCACAGCUCCGAGAGUACUAUGCGCGCACAUCCUUUCCGAAUGCCAGUUCCAUCAAAGUUAGUAUAGCGCCUGAUCCACAGCUUGCAGUGUGCAAAGGUCUAGUCAGUGAUCGAAUCCGGAAGAUCUUGACAUCGCGGUCGGUUCUGGGAUGGCGCUGCUGUCGAGCCUCGUAUGGCACAGUGUGUAAGGUCCCUUAUGACAAGAGAAAUCCUGACCAUCAAGGCAAAGCCCUUGUGAGAGAUCCGCUUAACAACAAGCUGUAUAUCACGCAGUCGAUUGCGUGGUUCGUCAAGAAGGGCGCUCCUGUGAGCGUAGACAAACCAAUUGAGCAUCGUUUCGCUAAGAAGAUCGAUGCGGGAGAUCCAAGGCGAGCAUUCCCGACGACCGUCAUCCAGAGCGAUCUCGAGGCGAACAUGUUGCCGAACCAGAUGAAUCAAUACACGCGCAUCCUCUGCGAGAUCAGUUCGGACCUCUCGGCCGCAGACGAGAAGAAGUUCCAGGAGAAGAAUAAGCACUUCUGGUCUCUGCAGAAGCACUACCUGCGCAUAGAGUACACUAUACGCGUGCUGAUCGGUCCUGCCGACAUACGGUUCGAGCUCUGGUUCGACGACCAAAAACUCAGUCACGACGAGUCCAUUAGGGUUGAGUGGCUACCUCCCUCGGGAUGCUUCUAUCCGUUUCCAGCAAACACCAACUGGCCCCAGGGCCAUGCGACCUCGUUUUCAAAGGACAUUAAAUUCACAUUCAACGAUACGCACUACGACUAUGAAGGCUCACUGAGACUUUACAAAACAUUCAAUGCCACGCUAGGCGUGGCUUUUGCGCCCUUCAAGCACGGCUUCAUCAACACGCUCGGUGUUCCCAAUGACAAUGGCGACAAGGGCGGCUUCGUCUAUCUGAUUGGCUGGGCCGGCGGGUUCCAGACACGAGCACAGCGCGACAUGUACUUUACCAACGCGGCGUUUGCAGUCGUCAGAGAAGAGGAGGGUCAGAGGAAAAUUGUCGAAUUUAGGGAGAGUGGCAACAUUCCCAACACUGCUAUUUUGCCACCCCCAGUGGAGUGGACGUGCGAUUUCAAGUAGUGGAGCCAUUUUAAGUUGCUUUUCAGGCCAGGCCGAAAAAGCAGUACCAAUUUUAGUAUUUUUGACGGAUGCACUGUAGGAUACAUGAAAAAGAAGGAUGCGGUUUCAAAGGCGGAAAACUAUUGCAAUUGAACAUGUUUCUGGCAGUAAGAAGUAAUCAGUAACUUCAAAAUCGCAACG